AUGGCCGAGAAACAAAUGGACAGCAAAGAGGUGGGAUUGGGAGAGGCUCCUACAGUCGAGGCAGGAGAGGCUAUCGACGCCGAGGAGGUCAAGUACGGCCACACCAAGCGUGGCCUGACUUCUCGACAUGUCCAGCUGAUGGCCAUCGGUGGCAGUAUUGGCACAGGCUUGUUCGUCGGCAUUGGAGGUGCUCUCUCCGAAGGAGGGCCCUUGUCCAUUUUGCUGGCAUUCAUCAUUUACCCCAUUCUGUUUGUGAUUCCGACAACCAUAUGCGUGGGCGAGUUGUCAACCUUCCUACCCAUGCGUCGCGGGAUCUUCGAGAUGGCGAAUCGAUUCGUAGAUCCAGCGUUUGGUUUCGCAUUUGGCUAUGCGUACUUCUACGCGGCCGCCGUAUUGGUCUGCACAGAGGCUUCAGCUGUGGUGUCCGUCAUGGGUUAUUGGGGCAUUCCCGUCAACGGAGCUGUAUGGGUGUUGAUGGCCAUGGUGAUCAUUAUCGCCAUCAAUGUAUUCGCCGUGAAGUACUAUGGAGAAGCUGAGUUCAUCUUCUCCAUUCUCAAGGUCCUGCUCGUCGUUGGGCUGGCCCUCCUCACCUUCAUCACGAUGGUGGGCGGCAACCCGAAACACGACGCCUAUGGCUUCCGCAAUUGGAAACAUGGCAACGCUAUGCACGAGUACUACACGACCGGGACCACAGGGCGAUUCCUGGGUUGGUUCGUCGCCAUGCGAUACGCCGCCUUCUCCCUUGGAGGUCCUGAUAUGAUCGCUCUUGCGGCGGGUGAGAUCGAGAAUCCGCGAAAGACGAUCCCACGAAUGGCCCGAUUGAUUUGGGUGCGAGUGGCAGGAUUCUACCUUCUCGGUGUACUUGCAGUUGGCAUCAUCUGCAACAGCAGAGACCCACGUUUGCUCAGUGCCCUCGCAACCGGCUCCACGGGCUCGGCUGCCUCUCCCUUUGUGAUCGGUAUCAAGAAUCUAGGUAUCAAAGGGCUAGACAGCCUUGUGAACUUUGUGAUUCUCACCUCGGGUUGGAGUUGUGGAAACGCCUACUUUUAUACUUCGACCAGGACGCUGUAUCAGCUCUCCGUUGACGGCCAAGCGCCCAAAUUCCUCCGCAAAUGUACCAAGAAGGGAGUGCCAAUCUAUGCUGUCAUAGUGGUGGCAUUGAUAUCCUGCCUGACCUUCAUGGUUGCCAGUAACAGUUCGGCCACCGUCUUCAGCUGGUUCGUCGGUUUGUCCACCUGCGCGACGCUCAUCACCUACUCCAUGAUGAUGAUUGUCUGGGUAGGGUUCUACAAGUCUCUCGAGGCUCAAGGCAUCAGCAGGGACACUUUACCUUGGAAAGCACCGUUCAUGCCAUACCACGCCUACAUUGGCAUUGCCACUGGCAUCACACUCAUUCUGUUCCUCGGAUUCGAUUAUUUCGUCCCGUGGAACACACAAGGGUUUAUAACGACAUACUUUGGAGUUCCUUAUGUCGUGGUGUUGUUCGGCGUGUGGAAAAUCAUCAAGAGAACGAAGCAUGCCAAGUGGUCAGAAGUCAACAUCUAUGAAGGUAAGGAGCAAAUUGACAAAGAGUGUGAGUACUGGGAAACUAUUGCCGCCAAUGCCGAUGUGGAAAAAAGACAGAGUGCCUUCAAGCGCACAUGGGGAAAGAUGUGGGAUUCGGCGGUCGUUUGA